UCAGCGGAGUCUGGGUAGCGGGAAGCGCGCACCGGCGCUCCCGUCACUGCAGCUGCAGCCCCCGAUGUCGCCGCACUAACUGGACCGAGGUCACAGCAUCAACGCCCCAGGGCCGAUCCCGGAGCCUUCAACCCCGCAGGAUGGCUGGAGCACCUCCAAGUUACUCUUUCGUGGCUUUUCCACCACGUACGAAGGAUGGCCUGGUGGUAUUUGGGAAGAAUUCAGCUCGUCCCAGAGAUGAAGUGCAGGAGGUUGUGUAUUUCCCAGGUGCUGAUCAUGAGCCUGAAAGCAAGGUGGAGUGCACUUACAUUUCAAUUGACCAAGUUCUGAGGACCCAUGCUAUAAUGAUAAGCAGACCUGCUUGGCUUUGGGGAGCAGAAAUGGGAGCCAAUGAACAUGGAGUAUGCAUAGCCAAUGAAGCCAUCAAUGCCAGAGAACCUGCUGCUGAGACUGAAGCGUUACUGGGGAUGGAUCUGGUCAGGCUUGGUUUAGAAAGAGGGACAACAGCUAAAGAAGCCUUAGAUGUCAUUGUCUCUUUGUUGGAAGAACAUGGUCAAGGUGGGAAUUAUUAUGAAGAUGCAAACUCCUGCCAUAGCUUCCAAAGUGCAUAUCUGCUUGUGGAUCGUGAUGAAGCCUGGGCACUGGAGACUGUAGGAAAAUACUGGGCUGCAGAAAAAAUCACAGAGGGAGUGAGGUGUAUCUGCAACCAACUUUCCCUCACUACUAAGAUGGAUGCGGAACACCCAGAACUCAGGGCCUAUGCUCAGAGUCAAGGCUGGUGGACGGGAGAGGAUGAGUUCAAUUUUUCCCAGGUUUUUUCUCCAGCUGAUGAUCUUCCUGACUGCUGUGCAGGCAAGGAUAGCUUAGAAAAACAAGAAGAAAGCAUCACUGUGCAGACGAUGAUUAACAUCUUACGAGACAAAGCCAGUGGAAUCUGCAUAGAUUCUGAAACUUUCCUUACCACCGCCAGUAUAGUGUCUGUCCUGCCUCAGAAAAGAAACUCGCCAUGCAUUCACUAUUUCACUGGGACCCCAGAUCCUUCCAGGUCCAUUUUCAAGCCUUUCAUCUUUGUUGACGAUGUGAAACUUGUUCCCAAAGCACAGUCUCCCUGUUUCGGGGAUGAUGAUCCUGCCAAAAAGGAGCCUCGGUUCCAGGAGAAACCAGAUCGUCGGCAUGAGCUGUAUAAGGCCCAUGAGUGGGCACGUACCGUCCUCAAAAGUGACCAGGAGCAGGGCCACGCACUGAGGGAGACCAUGCUGGAGUUGGAAAAGCAAGGCCUGGAAGCUAUGGAAGAAAUCUUGCGCAGCCCUGGUACUCCAGACCCUGCUGAAAUGGGGGACCUUUUCUAUGACUGUGUUGACACAGAGAUUAAGUUCUUUCAGUGAAGUAAGCAGCUCUUCCUUCUUCUUAUUUAACACUUUGACUAAAUGACCGGCAAAACAAAUCUCUCCAGUGUGAGCAAAAUAAAAAAGUGAUGAUGUAGCCUCUUGUUCUGAAGCCAGAUCAAGCUGUCCCAUGUGUCUCCAAACAUCCUCUUUUCUGCCGCAUAUUUGUUCCCUUCCUUUGCUAAGUAACAUGUAUCUCCAUUCCUUGUCAUUCUGUGGCGUGAUGAAUAAUGGAUUUGAAGUUGUUCUUUCUUCUUGUAUUUCAGUCACAGUAGGUACAUUAGCCUCUUUCAAGGGGGCUAAAGUUCAUCAAACCUGGAAAGACGGGCCUUGCAGGGCUGAGUCUGAGAGAAAAGCAAGAGCUUCUGAAAUUUUAGUCUUUUCCUUGGUACUGGUUUCUUCUAGUACAAAAGGUAUUUGUUAGCAUAAAAGGCUUUCUGUGUGUGUCAGGGAGAACCCCCUCCCCCCUUUUCUCUUCACUGGAGCACAGGCCUGAAUAUGGUGCACAGUGCCCACAGGUGUGUCCUGGGGAACAAAGCCUUUGGGAGGGAACAAAUGGGGUCCUUCUGCAGUUCCAGCUCCAUCCCAGUGCUGAAGCCCUGAAGGACUUGUUUUCACCAGCUGUGCCCAUGCCCACCAGACUUCCACAUGCACCCGCUUCCACAUGCACAAGAGCUCAGCAUUGGUAUUAGUUGGAAAUGGUUCACCUUCGAGGCCUCCAAAUCACCAUGUUUUACCCCUAAAGGGCAACUGAUUUCCCUGUGCAGCACAGAGCUGCUGCCUGGAUGCAGCCUUGUUCUGGAAUCACUUCCAGAUCUAUUUUCCAUGGUCUCCUCUAGGAAUCAUGAAAUGGCCAUGUGGCAUGGUUCCACCACCCACAGCUGUCACUUGGCAGCUAAUAAGGGAAACAAACAAACAAACAAAAAACGCUUUUAAGUACUUAAAGUAGCUAAAAUCUGAAUGGUCUCUACUUUUUCAACAUUAUCACUCACCAUCUGACUCAAAAUCAUUAUUGCCAUGCUGACUCACCAUGAGAGCCUGGAAAAGCAAACAAGGAAGAGCAAGUGUGCUUAGCACUGGAAGAACCAGGGCAAGCAGGCCGACAGAUGGAUGAAGGAGGAUUUCUCAGCAGGAUGACAACUCAGCUGCAGGCCUUCUGCUCUUUUCUUGCAUUCCACAGAUGGGUGUGUAAAGCAGCUAAUUUCCUUGGCCAUCCCCCUUAAUAUCCUCCUAUAGCACCUGCCCAGCCUGUGCCUGCAGACAGCUGCAAGCAGGCUACUGAAGUGGGCUGGAAGGAGAGUGGGGUGCUUACCUCCAUCUACUGAAACUCUGGACCAUUUUUAAGCUGGCUAGAGGCAGGCAAAAAUGACCAAUAGAAAUUAUGACCACCUGGUGGGAGUCUGCUGUUGGGCCUAAUUAUGCUUCCUUAUCCAUGACAGGAAACUGCACAUGGAAAUCCUUUAUUAGUAGUCUCUAAAACAACCCAGGGUUAGUGACCUUCUAAUAAAAAAAGGUAGCAGCAGUGACACAUGCUGUGCAGGUAGCAACAACCCAGCCUCAGAUAUGAGCACUGAAGAUCAGGGGUUUUACCUGAAUAGCUUGGUCUUUUUUCCCCCCCUAACAAUCCUCUUUCAAGAGUGAUUGUAGGUGCAUAUAGGUAUGAAAUUUUUGCUCAGUAGUUUUGUAACCAUAAACAGUGAGAAAUGAGGACAAUACUGCAGCCGUAAGUUCGCGGCCAUCCAUAGUGAUGGCUUAUUAUUUCGGAGUGCUUUAGGUAGAUUUCCCAGGGCUUUCCCUGUUGAAUUGAGGGUCUCAGGUACAGCAGCCAUGCUGUCUAUAAUAGCUAAGGUUGGAUGACUGAGGUUUAAGGAGCAUGUUGUAACCUGUUUCAUCCUAAUCCCACCUGCUGAGUUAUUUAAAACAAAUUGAUACAGAACACCAUUGUGAGAUUCUACUGUGUGGUCCCAUUUCCACUUGUGUGGGAAACAUUUCAUACAUGACACUGUCCAGAUAUCUAAGGAGAUUCAGAGUUUGAUUAGAAGUCUUGUGAGAAUAAACUAUAGAAUUCUUCUUUCAUAACUGUAGCAAAGGUCAUAGAUACAAUUCUAACUUCCCAGUUGUAUGUCAGGAAACACAAUUACUAUUUCUGAUGCGGGACACUGACCUUAGAAAAGCAUGGCAGAGAAAGGUCAAUCUCUGAGAGUUACCUUGGCUGACACUGUAUAUCAUAACUACCAUGUUUCAGUAUGAACACUAGAGGGCAGAGUGGACCUCCAUGACAGCCUAGCAUGCUUUCUGGGCCUGAAUUCUUCCAUCAGGAAAUGUAAGGGGUUUACAUACAGUCAGACCUGACAACAGCAGUGGACAAGUUCUUAGUGCAUUGGAAUAAGUAGAGAAAGGCAAGAAGAGAGCUAGGGAUCUGCUAAUGUGGUUGCAUGAUCGUAUGGUGACUUUAUCCAUCCACUUAAGAGCUGGAACUAUGUUGCAUUUCAAGUAGAUACUUGUAGGAAGCAUGUCUUUUGAAAUGCUCCCUACAGAUUAUGCUUUGAAGAAAUCUUAUUACUUGGAUAAUUUCUUGACCAAGGAUUGCUUGAAGGCAAUGUGAGGAAAAUAAAUGUUCAGGGUGAAAUACAAAAAUAAUGUUUAAAAGUCAUUACGUGUGAAUAGCUUUCUAGAAUACCAUUUGUGUGCUUUUUACGAUGGGGUAGGGGUGCCUGUGCAUGCUUUGUGCAGAAAGAAGCCAUGGACAUAAGGGACAGAAUCCCUUCCCACCCUCCCCGCUAAAACCUGUCUAGUAGAUGGGAUUGACUAUAGAGGAAAACAGCCUUUAUGUUCAAGGGCACAUAUUCUACUUACAAUAAAUUAGCAAAACAGAAACAGUCAUCUUUAGAUAGAAUAAGAAUAUAAUAAAAAUAUGGAGAUUUUUUAGUGCCCAACCAUGUAAGACCCAGUGUUAUUAUUAGGAGUCGACUUUACAAACUAACAGGGCAUGUAUGUAAUGAUUAGAUUUUAGCAGUGAAGGUCUUUUACUGCUGGGUGAGUCAUUAAGUAUAAAAAAUAAUUGUCAACUAAGCAAAUUACUUUGGCUCUAAUCGAUGUCAUCCCAACACUGGUAUAGGUGACAUGUAAUGUGGCUAGCAAUAUCAAACUACUCACUGAAUUCUUGACUGGAGAGCCAGCCAUCUUUUGUUGGAAAAGCCUUCACCUGUGCUCUCAGCUUUAGGAGAAGGCACAGGGAGGAGACAGGAAGUAGACCCAUUCUGCUGGACAUGCUCAAAUGGAAGGGAAGGAGUGCAGGUCAACGGUCCCAACAUUACCUUAUGCUUCCAGUAGGUAUGGCAUUUCAUUCCACACAGUCAUAAGUCCCAGCUCCCCUUCUGUGAUGUGUGGCAAGUGUGCUUUUCCAAUUGACAUCGAUCAUUCUGAAAUGUCAUAUGCAGAAUCUUUAUGGGAACAUAUAUACAUACGUAGAUGUAUGUAUAUGCAAUCAUGUUGUGAGAAUUUAAAUGUGUUAGCUGAAAAAUGUUAUUGGCAGGGAAUAAUAUAAAAGAAAGUUGUUCUGUUUCCAGUAUGUAGUCUUUAACAAUCUUUUGUACAAAUAUCUACAAACAAGAUAGUUUCCCUGUCUAACGCUUGCCCAUGGGGUUGUAUUGAAAUGCAUCAAACGUACAAUAAAAAUACUGAAAUUAACAUCUCUUGGCUUUUUCUACUGCGUGUCUCAUGAAUGAAACCAGUCAUCAGUCACAACACAGAA